CGUCGAGCAAGCCGGACAUCAAAGCAAUUGAGGCUCCAAACAUGCGCAUAGUCUUUUUGUCUUUCUCAACAUAGAGGCAUCUGAUCAAUGCGCUUCUCUUAGUCCAAAUCCAGAGUCCUCACGAAUCGCUCGACUCGUGAAGAUGCCGCCAGCACUGCACCCUCGUUCUUCGAUGACGCUCACACUCUUCUCCUCUACUCUUGCUCUGUCCUUUUUGGUAGUAGGAUUGCCACACCUUGUCCCAUGUCCUGUACAGCCUCAAGCUUUCGCCGACGACGGCACGCCUCUGCCGAGGCGGCAACGAAGACGCAGGCCCGACGAUUCUAGCACAGCGGGAGAUGACACGUUAUUGAGCGACUCGCAAAUAACUAGGCGAAGAGAAUGUCCUGUUCCAAAGCCGGGAGGACUUGUCGGCCAGGUCCUGGGGUUGACGAAGGGUGACGACAGUCCAGAAAAGCCAGUAGUGAGAAUAGAGAAGUUCGAACCUAGGAUACGAAGAAUAGCGGGGCAAGAGGGUGAUGGGAAAGGUUGAUGCAGGUCGUCCUCAUAACCCGGCAUACACAUACAAGCACAUUGCGAUGAAGUCCUAUGUCUAAUGUUGUAAUAUCUUUGCAAUGCCUAUACGGCGCAUACUAGAAAUAGGAAGGCAUCGCAGUACAUCCAUGUUUCGCCAUGGUGUACGCAAUACGCCUAAAGAAAUGCAAUUGCAGAACAGUUCGUGAGAUCAUGAUGAGCUGUCCGAAGAACUCUUCAAAGACUUGACAGCCUUGGG